GGUUGCACCCCACAAUCAUGAUGAGGCUGUUAAUGUUAUCGCACAACUCUCGCCUGUACAGUCGUCUGUGCGGAUCUAUCACAGAUUGAGCGGCUCGUCCGAUUCGACGGGGUUGGGCCCCAUUUUUUUCUUCGCAUGAUGACAACCUCAAGUUCAAACGACGGCUAUAUCCUGCUAAACGGGCCACGCGAUAGCUUGGCAGUGGACUACCCUAAAUCCAGAUGGUGCCGUGUAGUCGAAAAAGCACAGAAGAUUACGCGUGAUAAUCUUGGCCUUCUACUUGUGACCUUGUCGCAGCUUCUUCUCUCGGGCGUCAAUGUUGCGGUGAAAACGUUGAAUGGAAUAGAUCCACCUGUAGGAACUUUUGAGCUGAUCGUCGUCCGAAUGGCGAUAACCUACCUCUGCAGCGUUGGUUAUAUGAUCUCUGCAGGUGUGAACGAUCCAUUUCUUGGGCCAAAAGGAGUACGACUAUUACUCGUCUUCCGGGGGUUUUCCGGUUUCUUUGGGCUGUUUGGCACAUAUUUCUGUCUGAAAUACCUCUCGCUCUCAGAUGUUACAGUCUUGUCGUUCCUCGCUCCUUUUUGCACUGGGAUAUCCGGAGCCAUAUUCCUAAAGGAAAAGUAUAACUACCGAGAAGCCUUAGCAGGAUUAAGCAGCUUGGUUGGCGUUGUUCUCAUUGCGAGGCCGACCUUCAUUUUCGGGCACUUGGGAGAAGACUCCGAUCUGGGUCCCAUCAGUGAAGGGGUACCCUUAUCAGAAGAGCUGCAAACAGUCGUAACAUCUCAUGAGAGACUCAUAGCUGUAGGUGUCGCCCUUAUUGGGGUACUAGGCUCCACGGGCGCUUAUACAUCCUUAUGUGCAAUCGGUAAACGUGCCCAUCCUCUACACGCCUUGGCAUCAUUUUCCGCCCAAAGUGUCAUCGUCGGGUCUAUUGGUAUGAUAUUAAUGCGCGCGCCGGUGGUCAUCCCCACUCGACUCUCAUGGGGAGCGUUGCUGGCCGUGAUAGGUUUUCUGGGUUUCUUUGCGCAGGUUGCCUUGACCAUGGGACUCCAACGAGAGACAGCGGGGCGUGGUACGAUAGCCAUCUAUACACAGAUUAUCUUUGCAUCGUUCGCAGAGAGGAUAUUCUUUCAUUCUACACCGCAGGUGCUUUCUGUGUUGGGGACCAUCAUUAUCCUUUCUUCUGCUUUAUACGUUGCUGUUACGAAGAGGAAGUGCAAGCAGGUUUGCCAUACUUCAAAUGAUGACAUCGCCCUUGAGGAAGGACUUCUCAGCGGUUCAAAUGACGAUAAGGAUACGCUUGAAUCGGCCGUCCCUGUUGAUUUGAAACGGCAGUCUUCGAGUGAGGGAACGAAUUAUGAAUCAGCUGAGGAAUUGACAAGUCCUACGGCAUCCGGUUCUGAUUCUCAAGAAGUGAUCAAUCAGAAGCCCGCAGUAUAGACUGUCCCCCGGUAGAUGUUCACGUUUUAGAAAUAUUUUAUUCACACUCUCAAAUCGAUAUGUUGUACUUCAUGAUUCCAAAGUCCAAGCAAAGCUGUCGGUCCUUUUGCUUUUCCGGGAUCAAUGGCGCCGUGUUUAAGCUGCUUAAUGUAUGUAUCUCUUUUCUCUUUUGGCUUCAAGUUCUGCUAUUACAGCCUCGCUUUCGGAAAACGAUGGUCUUGACGGUCAUUGAAAAGAAUAUUCAGAUUGGUGAUUUAGUCUGUUCUUGUUCCACCGCGUAGCUCCUGCCGCUGCUCCGCUUUAAAAAUCUACACAUAGAAGAAAUAGCAUAUAGCGUAUAGUCGAUAAGGCCUUUGUAAUGUAUCGUGCGAUGUGU